AUGGGGCCGCGUCGCUGCGAGGGGUUCGUCAUGGGGGACGGCACCAUCAUGGAGUGCUGCUUCAGCCCGUGGGACGCCGGCAAGCACGCGCAGGCGAAGUACAACGGGCAAUGCCAGUGGUGUUCGCCAGCGCGCAUGCAGACAAUUUGCAAGACGCAGCGGCUGUCGAAGCUGGCGUCUCACAGCCUGGCGAAUCUUCAGAAGCUCGACGCGGGCAUCUACGAUAUCGCCGUGGAGAGGGUGGCCAUGUGCGAGGGCGGAGACGAGCUCAUCUCCCGUGCCAAGGAGAUCGUUGCGAAGAACCAGCAGGCCGCGGCGCCAGCGCAGGAUCCGGUGGAUGACCAGGGCGACGUCGUCAUGGAGCUUCCCGAGGAGGCGCCUGGCGGCGCGCCGGACGCAGCGGAGACGCCGCCGCCGCCUGCUGUGGAGCGCCAAGGACAGCGCUUGUGCGAGGGGUACGUUCUCGGACGCGCCAUGGGGCGCAAGCUCAAAGGCAAAGGGGACUGCGGCGUGUGCGCCUUCUCCAGGGCGGAGCCCGGCGAGCGUGCCCUUGCCGCGGGCGGUCAAUGCGUGUUCUGCACGCCUGCGCGCAUGAAGGAGGCGGCGCAGAAUCCCAUGAAGAAGAAGAAGAACGUCAUGGCCGACCUGAACAAGUUCAAGCAGGCGAGCGCGGCUCUCCAUGCGAAAGCGCUCGGGAGGCUCCGCAGGCACUUGACCUUGCAGGAGUUCAAAAUCUUGAUAACUCCACGUGAUUGCUGCCGCGGUGCGGGAGAGGAAGCGUGCUCGUUCAGCACGGCGAGGCCCGGGCAGCCAGCGCGGGUUGUGAAGAAGGACAAGCACUUGUGCAGCUGGUGCGAUCCGCAAAGGCUGCGGGGCAUGCAGGGUGCGCAUCGCAAUGGCUUGCUGAAGCAGGCGGAGGCGUUCCGCGAGAAGGACCAGGCCGUGUUCACUCGAGCUGAGAGUAUCCUGAAGGAGGUGUUCGGAGACGACUACGUGGCGCAGAUGCGGAAGAAGACAGUUCGCCAGAAUCAGCAGGCGGCCCGCGCUCAGAGAGCCCGGAGGCGCAGCGGGAAGACCGAUUGGCCAGAGAAGCUCAAGAGGCGCGCUCUGCAGAUGCAGAAUCCAGCGGACGACAAGGAGGCGCGGAAGAAGUUCCGGAGACUCACCCUGGAUAACCACAAGAAGGUGGAGAACUCGUUCUUCAAGGACAAGGCCGAGAGGAGAGUCCGCGGGCGCGCCGACGAGAUCCCCAAGGGAGAGGAGUUGGACCCGCCGCUGGAGACAGCGAGCUUCAGCGAUCUCUCCAAGGGGUUGGAGACCUGGGCUCUGCGCGGCUCCUGUGGGAUGUGCAAGGAGUGCAGCGUCCUGCAGCCGCGCCCGAUGCACGAGGUCGACAUGUUCCGGGACGCCAGCGAGGAGAUCUCGAAGAGCGCUUGCCGUCGGUGCAACGCCUCCCGCAAGAUGUUCGUGCCGCUGCCGGAGCAGGUGCCGAAGAAGCUGCGGGGGCUCUCCGACGAGGCCGUCGAGGCGCUGAUGCCCAUUGAGAUGGAUGUCGGCCCCGAGACGCGGUCCACCGACAAGUUCGGGCGGCCGAACGGGUAUCGGAAGAAGAUGCGCCACAGGGCGAAGAGGGCGCUGGAGUACCUGCUGUCAUGCGAGGAGUCCUCGUACAAGUACUUCUACGACAUGCAUGAGAAGUUCCUCCGCAAGAACGGCGAAGAUGCCGCUGAUAGGAAGCGCAAGCGGCCGUAUCACUUCUUGCAGGAGGUCGGGCUGGAGUGCGCGCUGUGGCCACACCUGUACUGGUGCACGGAGAUGACGGAGACUAAUGAGCAGUGGUCGGAUGUGCGUCGCGAAGACAGACGACAGGCGCAGGAGGCGAAGAAGAAGCCAGAGUACGGCUACCGCAGUGACGACUCCGACGAAGACGAGGGCAGCGGCGACCAGGAGAUGAGCGAGCGCACGAGCGUCAAGUGGUCCUUCAUCACGAAAUGUUUAUCACCACUCCUGGUGUUCUGGUCCAAGUUCGAAUUGUUGCAGUUCGUGUACGACUUGAAUCUGUGGGCCACGCUCGGCGGGAAGAAGAACCUGGGUCUGGACAACGUCCCCAUGCGAGUGCUCAUGAAGGGCCAUACCUUCUCACCUCUGUACUGGAAGGAGGUUCACAACGGGCUCGUGGACCUUGUCCGCCAGAUCGGCUUCCCCAAGCUGUUCUUCACCAUUGCGCCGUGGGAGCCAGCGUUCAGGUACCACGACUGGUUGCGGGAUGAGAUGGAGAAGACUCCGAGGACCCGCAUGUAUCUGCCCGUGGGAGAGACGCUGCACAUCACUCACGUGCUCAUGGAGAUUGUCCGUGGCCUCCUCGCGGGGAACAACCAGCAGCGCAUGGAUCGGGAGAGUAGGUCGUGGACGAAGCACCUGUUUUCGGCGAAAGACUCAGAUGGGAAGCAGGUGCGCGUGCAGUCCUUCACGCGCUUGGAGUUCCACGACGGGGGCCGCAAGGAGGGGGCGAAGCGCCACGACGGGUCCGGGCGGCCGCACUUGCACGUGUUGUUCUUCGCAGACGACGAGGCGAUGGCGAACAUGGGGCUUGAGCAUCACCUGUUUGCCACGAAGCCCGAGGACUUCCCAGACCACCUCAAGGGCUACGUGGACGGCUCGCAGAUGGACAGGCACGGCGGCGGAGAGAGCAAGUGGCCGAUCUACCACGGGCCGUCAGGGGUGCACAACAGCGAUGGCAUUCUGGAGCUGAAACACACGGAGAACGACCACGACGCGGGCAUGCGAGCCUUUUGCGCUGACGUCAUGGACGGGCAACCAUGCCACCAGGAUUGGCUGAAGAGCGACGGCGAGGCCAUGCUCCUGCAGUAUGUCUCCAAGUACGUAGCCAAAUUCUCCGACAGCAGCUACGACGAGUGGAUGAGCGACAGCGCCUCCGCGGACAGCGUGGCGCGCCGCGUGUGCUUCGAGUAUCACCCGUACGAGCCGGAGAUGAUUCUGCAGCUGUGCGGCGCCCAGUUCCGGCAGUACGACAUCUCUACGGCCAGCGGCGGGUUCCGCACCGUGUCGGCGCCCUACGCGGGCAUGUCAGUGGUGCCGGAGUGGGUGCAGAAGUACGCCGAGUGCGCGUGGCGCCACGACGGAAUGGCUCUGCUGGAGUGGUUGCGCAAGACCAACGACGACGGGAACAUCGCGGGUUGGCUGGUUCGCAAGCACAAGCAGGAGCUCAUGAGGGCGCUCUACCAAAGGUAUCGGAAGACCAUGGACGACGGGGAGGAGCCGCUGACGCUCGACGCUUACUGGCGCAGCCUCCGCGCCGCGUUCAAGAACGAGCCGAACAGCGAGGAGGCGCCGAUGACAUUCGUGGAGUAUCUCGCCGCGAGGUAUAGGCGGGAGAAGAGCGACGACGAGGUGGAUUUCCCCGAGUUGGAACAGUUCGCGCGGGCGUACCGCAUGCAGGGCGAGAAAGUCGUCAGCGUCGAGACCGUGUACGAGCUGAAUGACCGCUACUACGGCCAGUGGGCUGCCAUGAACGUGCCGUUCCGUUCGCUGGACGAGUUAGUAUUCGAAGACAUAGAACAGCGUGUCCCCGGGAAGUAUCGCUACCUGGCGUCGGCGCUGCGGCUGUGCUCGGACCAAAGUCGCGUCGCCGCAGAGCAUCGCGACCUGUUCACCAACGACGAGCUUCUCGUGGACUACAUGAAGGCGUCCGCGAAGUCGACAAAGUUCAGCGAGAACGUUCUGAGCAUGGUCGUGGGGCAAAGGAAGCUCAUCGAUAUGUAUCUGGCGGGUGUUCUUGACAAGAGCGACGAGAGCGCUGCGGCGGAGGCGGAGGCGGCCGCGGAUGGGAAUCGCAGACGUCCGCGAGACGACGCGGAGGGGGCGGCGGACGUGAGGUUCAACCAGCAGCAGCUCCAGUUCGAGUCCGCGAUCAACGAGAGCGUCGACCGUGCGCUCAGGGCGAACCACUCGGAUGAUUGGGAGGACGCGGACGAGGCGCGCGAGGAGGCAUGGCAGAAGGGGAAACCCAUUAUCUGCCUCGGCAAACCAGGCACGGGGAAGACCACCGUGGUGAAGGCUUGCAUCAGGCGUGCCCAGGACAAUGGCGCCCGAAUGCUCUUCGCGCUCCCGACGGCACAGCUCGCGAGCCGCAUGCGGGGCGCGCUCAACGACAUGCACGGCGUGGAGGUGGCUACGUGUCACGCAGCGUUCAAGCUGAACGAGCCGGUCACGGAGUCCUUGCCGCUGAUGACCAUGUACGACCUGGUCGUCGUGGAUGAGGUGUCGCUCCUGGACUGUCCGCAGUUUGAGCGCAUGGUUAAGUUGUGGAGCGUCGCAGAGAAGGUCCCGGCGCUCGUGUUCCUGGGCGACAAGUAUCAGCUUCCUGGCGUCGGGGAGACGCGCGCGUGGGAGAGCGCCGCCUGGUCACGGCCAGCGCGCUAUCACGUGAAGCUGCACGAUGCGUGGAGAUGCAAGGAGGAGCGCUUUGAAAAGAUCCUCGACGAGAUCCGCACGGCGAAGCCGUCGCAGGAGACAUUGGCGAAGAUCUGUCGGAAGCACAAAGCGUGGAAGAUGGGCGAUCCAACGCCGACGGAUCUGAAGAAGCUCUACGAGGCGCACCCGGAGACGACCGUCGUCACGUGUACCAGGAAGGGAGCGAAUGCGGUGAACGAAGCUGCAGUGAAGGCUCUGUAUGGUCGGAAAUCCCCGCUGGCAGUCCUUCCAGGCGACGUGGAACUGAACCCAGAGACCUACGAGCAUGGGCAGUUCCGCACCGAUCGCCGCCCCCUGCCGAGCGCUGUGCCGGUGUACAAGGGCAUGCAGAUAUACCUCACGAAGAACGUUCGCAAAGAGGAUGAUUUCGUGAAUGGUAUGUUAUGCGUGGUCGAGAACGACCACGAGGCCGAAGACGUCCUGCGCGUGAGGCACUCGGAGGCCAUGAUAGAGGCGCAGCUGUGGUCGAUCUCUGCAAUAGAUUGUAUCACGAUCCGCGGCGUCUCCGGAAGGCGUCGGACAGGCGCAGCUGUGCUCUCGCACUCGCCGGGGAAGCGCAGGGCCGUGGGCGCGUCGUGA